UCUUCUAUUUCUGAGCUGUAUUUCUGGAUUCCACACAGUCAAUUAAUUAUGUGCGAAUGGGGGGGGAUGGUUCGUUGUUAAAAAUAGCCUGCCACUUGAGGAUGAGGCGCCGAAAUGAACAGGUUGCUGCUUAUUGAAACUUACUGGGAGCAGAUGCGAAAAGAUGGUUCACCCUCAUCUAACCUCUCGUGGAUCGGUUCACUUCUCUUUAAAUCUUCCAGGAAUGCAUGACAUACAACCUGAAAAUACUGCAUCAAACAUUUACAGAUUCACAACGAAAAUAAUCGAACAUUCAUUUGCCAUAUGUGUUUAAUUGAAUUCGUUAUAAAAACGUUGACUUCGAUAAGAAGACAACAGAGGAAUCUAGCAACUGCUUGUUGAUGGCACUACGCGCCGGGAGGACUUGGUUUGGGCAGGUUUUGCGCAGAGUUUCUAGGCUGCAGGGCUCGUGGUCCCGGAGAUCGAGCAGUCUUCUGUGUCUCUCUGCGAACCCGGAGCAGGAUCUGGGGACCUGUUACAGGGAUCACACUCUUAGCAAUCUCCACUACUGCUCCUCCGUCCACCGUCACCAACACGCGCCAGUCUGUCCCUCCUCUUCCAGCCGCUGCCAACGCUUUCCCGAUUGCUGCGCAGCCUUCCCGGGGGAUACGAGGGGACAUGAGCCCCUCACUCGCCGGAUCCUGGUGGUCAUGAAGCGGCAGAACGUGCGGACCUUGUCCCUGAUCAUCUGCACGUUCACGUACCUGCUGGUCGGGGCCGCGGUGUUCGAUGCCCUGGAGUCAGAUUUCGAGAUGCGGGAGAAAGAACAACUGGAGGCAGAGGAGAAGCGUCUCCAAGGGAAAUAUAACAUUAGCGAGGACGACUACCGCAAACUGGAGACCAUCAUUAUGGAGGCCGAGCCCCACAGGGCUGGGGUUCAGUGGAAAUUUGCUGGAUCUUUUUACUUUGCCAUCACAGUCAUCACCACCAUAGGUUAUGGCCAUGCAGCUCCCGGCACAGACGCGGGGAAGGCCUUCUGCAUGUUCUAUGCCGUCCUGGGGAUACCCCUGACCCUGGUCAUGUUCCAGAGCCUGGGCGAGAGGAUGAACACCUUCGUCAAGUCCCUCCUGAAGCGCAUCAAGAAGUGCUGUGGCAUGCGCAUCACCGAUGUUUCCAUGGAGAACAUGGUGACGGUGGGGUUCUUCUCCUGCAUCGGGACGCUGUGCAUCGGGGCGGCCGCCUUCUCCCACUACGAGGACUGGAGCUUUUUCCAGAGCUACUACUACUGCUUCAUCACACUGACUACCAUCGGAUUCGGGGACUUUGUGGCUCUGCAGAAGAACCGGGCCCUGCAGCGGAGGCCCCUGUAUGUGGCCUUCAGCUUCAUGUACAUCCUGGUGGGCCUGACUGUCAUAGGAGCCUUCCUCAACCUGGUGGUGCUGAGGUUCCUGACCAUGAACAGUGAAGACGAGAGGCGGGAUGCCGAGGAGAGGGCCUCGCUGGCGGGGAACAGAAACAGCAUGAUCAUCCAUAUCCAGGAGGAGACACUGGGGAGAGGAGGAGGUGCCAGGAGGAGGCGCAAGGAAACGCAGGGCCAGUACUGCGCCGAGGUCACCGACCUGCCUUCUGUAUGCUCCUGCAUGAACUACCACUCACAUGAGUUUGGUAGCUGUGGGGGAGGGAUGGGAGGAGGGAUAGGGGGCGGAGGGAUGGGCUGUGCCUUCUCCCACCAGAACUCCUUUAGUUCCCAGUUGAACCCCCACCAGUACUUUCACUCGGUGUCGUACCGCAUCGAGGAGAUCUCUCCCAGCACCCUAAAGAACAGCUUCUUCCCCUCGCCCAUCAGCUCAGUCUCCCCAGGCCUCCACAGCUUCACAGACAAUCACCGACUCAUGAAGAGAAGGAAAUCUAUCUGAGCUGUGGCACUGCCCAUCUGAGCCAAGUGGAAAAUAGUGUUUUGAACUACAUGUUGCAUUUCAAUGUUUUUGCCUAAAUGCUAAAACGUUGAAUUGGAACAGAUCAUCAGACUGGGUUGGCUUGUCUACACAGGCAACUCCUAGCUUUCCUUUUUAUAUACAAGUACAAUGCAUCUCCAAUGCUGCUCCAAACCAAAUCUCAUUUUAGCACUUUUGUUUUGUUUCUUUUGGUUGGUCUAAGGAUAUAAUGUAUUGAAGCGAUUCGCAGGGAUUGAUUGAAGAGGAAGGAGCGUUGGAAAGAAAUGGCAAACUUGUUGGACAUGAAUUAUUACAUUCAUUUCUUGUGAGGGAUUCAAAGCAUGAAGCAUGGAUACUUAUUCUCCCAGGAAAUUGUCCCAUCAGAGAAAUACUAACCAGAACCAACAGAUCUUGUUAUACAUUUUCAUAUUGCCGGCUCACAAAGAUAAUAUAGCACCCUGGUAACAAUGUACCAAAUGAUGCACACUUAGCAUUAUAAGGGGGAUAUGUAUUUUUUUAAAGUGAGCAUGCCUGUUUCACCUUAACUUAAAAUGAUUGCAGUUAAGUGCUUUUCCUCCAUUGCAUCAUUGCAGACAGAGAUGAUACAAUUUGAAAUGACAUCAGGUAUUAUUUUCUAUAAGCAAUUCUAGGGAAAAAAAUGUAAAUGAUUUGUUCACAGAACAUCAUGCCAAAAUAUUGUUGCCAAUCUUAGCAUGUGCAUUAGAUGUCAUCAAAUGAGUGUGCCAUAAUUAUUUUAUGUAUUUUGUUAAUUUUUUUAAACAGCAGAUUUGUAUUAUUAUGGUUUGUGUCUGUAGAUGUUUUCUUUCUGGAUUUCAGAUGAUGAUUAUUUUUUUAUAAUUCAAGAAAAUGUCAGUGUAAAAUAUGAGGAUGUGAAAAGGAAUAAGCACGGAUUUGAAGGCUUUCCAGUUCGAAAAAGUUGCUAUGUGCAUGUACUUUGCGAAACUGGUAUGCAUAUAGAUGAAUGGGGAAAAAUAAUAGCCUUGCAAUUGAAAUGAAUUUUGAUAGCAAAUAAUCAUAAUAAUUAUUUAAAAUAUAAUUUAUUUAUUUAGCCACUUAAAAGUAAUGAUGUAUAGUGUAGGCUGAACAGUUUAUUCGCUUUUCCAUAAUUUUUUCAUUCGGAAAAAUUGUACAAUAACCUUUGGUCUCAGGUUUUGAAUGGAUAGCCUCUUCAGGUUCUGCUCCCCGAAUCAAAUCACAGAAUAAAUCCCAUAAAUGCGAAUGCACCUGCCAAACAAAACAAUACAUAUUAAUUAAUUUUUAAAAAUAGUACUAAUUUUCCAGGAAAAGGAUAUUGAGAUGCAUCAUCUUACUAAGGGAAACUUGCUGUACUAUAGAGAAGCGUGGGUUCAGUGUGCACACGCACACACACACACACACACACACACACACACACACACACACACACACACACACACACACACACACACACACACACACACACUGUAUCAAGCCAUAGAGGAGCAGGCCAUGGAACCACUGCUAUUCUGUAAGGAUAUUAAUGUUGAUGACAGGUGUAAUCCAAACUUCAAUUGUGCCACUGAGAAUAUAUACACGCCUAUAGCCUACGAACACAAUGACAGGCAUUUGAGAUGUAUACAGUGAUGUCAUCACUGGCUGUCAUUUAAAUUCAAUGACAGCCAAAUGGCAAUCAAUGGGUGAAAAAGGACCAGAUGAAUUUCUGAAGGAACAAUGCAAUACUGGGCAUUGAUUCAUUUAGCACAACAUGUGCCAUUUAAGUCACCCACAUUGAUAAGUGAUAAAUGCCAUGGAUACCAUUAGGCCGAUUUCCAUUGACCCAGGUUUAUUAGUAAUCAAAAGCAAUGUUGAAAAACAAAUAUUUGCGACGUGUAAUGGAAACGGCAAACAUUGGAGAAAUUGUCUAAAGAUCGACAAAAAUUGUAUCCAUUCUACAGGGGUGGAUUUACAUUUUGCCUAAACUUUCUUCAUUGUGACAAAUGAUGACGGAAAUGGUGAUUUACGAAUAAAUGAUAACUGCCAAAUGAUUUUGUCAUCACGUAGGUUAACUAUAGAGCUUUACUUCACAUUUCAUUCUAAAUGCCAACUGCUUGCUAAAUGUAUUUUUUCAACUAUAAAAUAAUGGUUUCUUUUCAGGAAAAGGACUGUCCUGACUUUCAAGAAUGCCUGAAUUGCUUCGCCUUGCUUUUCUGGCAAGUUUCACCAUCCAAUUAUAUCAGAUCUACAGGAGUUUCACCAUGGCAAGGACCUUGGUCGAUAUGUUGGCAGAUGAGAAUUAUUACAAUAUGGCAAGUAUUAGUCAAUUCCUGCAUUCUAUCCAUGCUGGCUUUCGCAGGCUACCUGAGACAUGAAAGAGAUUGGUGGGAGGGAAUACAGGCUGUCGUCAAUGUAUUAACAAGCAAUUUGAUUAAAAGGGUAAUGGAAACAAUUCAACCACUACAUUUUUAUUCGACACUAGGGUUAUGCGAAAAAAGUCGUUUUUUUUGUUUUGUUGAUGUGACGUCAUUACGUCCUUCUGUUUUUAUCGACAAGAUAGUUCAAUGAAAACGCACCCUAGCAGACAACUGUCGCACAAACGGUAUUUUCUAUGCGAACUUUCUAAACAUCGACAAAAAAAUCUCUGGACAGGUUAAUGGAAACAUAGCUUGUGUCUGUCUUGAAUGAGAAUAACGAAAACUAUUGUAACAUUAACAUCCAAGGUUCUAGAUUGUUCAGAUGACCCCAGGAAUACACAUGUAAAUAUACAGUACUUUAUAUCAUAUAUUGUACGUUCUCAUCCUUUGGAAUAAAACGGCCUUUCCACAGCUCCGAUGCGUUACUAUUUGUACACAUUUUAGAAUAUGUGCCUUUAAGAAACACUAUUUCAAUGUUUCUAUACCUGUAGGCACAUUUUACAUCUGAGAAAUAUAUCCAACCUUUUUCCUUAUAAAAUAUGUAUCCAUCUCUAAGGAUUCAUGUAGCUUCAUACAAAUAGAAUAACCAAAGCAAAGAUUGUGUUUUUUUUCGGCAAACCACACAGACACAAUCCAGCUGAUUUACAACGUCCAAAUAAUUUAUUUAGGCAGAACUGCCGUAGGUUUGUCCAAUUAUUGGGGGAAAUGAUUUGGAAUAGCUGGAAAAUUCAUUGUUUCACAUUUUUGCGAAGAUACCACAUUAGUCUUUUCUUGGUGUAGCUGGUGGACAUGCACAUGGAUAUUAAGGGUUGAGAGUCAAUGUUAAAGCCAUUUUUAGCAAUUAUGAGUCAGUAUUGCACAUAUUCAAUACAUCUCUAUAAUUGUGUUUGUAUAAAGUGCAUACCAGCAUUUGAAUGAUCAUACCAUAGUGAGGUGAUGCCAACAUGAUAAUGAUGUACAAUGAUUUACCAGAGAGUAAAACAAUCAUUGUUACUGCCAUGAAAUGUGCCAUAUUAACAUGCAUGGAUUAAUGCUGAGUGAGUCAACAGAUAAAUGUUUGUUAAGAACGAUAUAAAAUACAUUGUACGAAACGAAUUGAUUGUUGGUGCCAGCCUUUAUAUUAGUUGUUGAGUUAUCCCCGCUCUUUUGAAAUGAUAUGUUUACCUCCAAGCUGUGCAGCCAGACACAUAAAUAGUACCUGUAUGACUUGGCUGGUCUGGAUUGAGAUGGUUAUUGGUCGAUCGUUCUGGAUUCUGUAUAUCCUCCUGAUGCCUGUGGUUUAAUGUGUCCAAUAUCUCCAUGUGCUGGCCAGAUCUCUAUCUGUCCAGAUGUCCACAGUGCCAAGUUCUCCUAUCACUGGGACAAAGACACACAUAUUGCACAACUAACUAACUAUCUGUGUCAUAAUACACUCUAGAAGGCUGUUGGGUUAUUUGUAUGAUUCCAUGUUACUUUUUCUUAAUAUCUCUAAUUUCUUUUAAUAAAAAAAAAGAUCCUUCCUUUGCAAUAUAAUAUAAUUAUGUUUUUUAGGUCUGACGAACAAAUGCCAUGUACCAUGUUUAUUUGAAAAUGAUGAAAAUGUUAAAUGCAUACCAUCUCCAAAGGACAAUGUUAUAUCAAUUUGGUUCAACAAAUGACCAAAUUGACCCAAUUAACAUUUUUGUUUCACAGUUUUGGAAAACUAUUUUCACUCCUGAUGUCAAUACAUGCAGCGAUAUGGGCUUUCUCUUUUCAAUAAAUGGGAAAGAGCAACUUGUUGAGAGAGUAAACAACCAUUUAUGUUCAUGUUUUCAUUUUUGUGUGUGCAUGAUUUGGUGUGGUGACUUCCUGGUCAGGUGACCUGGGUGAAGCAAUGACACCACUUGAAUAAAAACUAUGAGCCUCCUUCUCACAAGCCCCAAACCCUUUGACUCUGGUCUGUCUGGUCAUACACUACUGUAAAUCUAUUAAAA